CGUGGCGCUUGUCCUUGCUGCCUGCCUGCCUGCCUGCCUGUCUGCGUGCCUGCCAUUGCCAUCACCCCAAUAAUCCACCCCAGCCGCCCCCUCGCCAGGCAGGGGGCGGGGACCCCUCUCGCCGCCGCCACAAAAAGCGGGACCGGCGGGGCAAGCGUGGCGUGAAUGAGCUCGGCGCCGCGGAACACUGGGGAAAAAUGUGCAAAAAGUUGUUGUGAGUCGCGAGUCAUGAAGCAACUGUGUCCGGCCGGCCCCCCCCCCGCCGCCCGCUGAUUGGCCAGCCGCCGCCCCGCCGCACGCCCAUUGGUCCGCCGCGCCGCCCAAGACAAAGCCAUUUUGUAAACAAACACUCAGCUGACAGACGCCGGACGGCCGAUCAAUGGCAUCUUUUAGUGUUUUUCUGGCCCCUUAAUGGAGGUGUGCUGCCCAGACCCCGCGGCGCGGCCCGUCCCUGACCCCGCCGAGCCUGACCACCAGGAAAAAAGGCGCCAUAUUGAUCCCGCCCCCGCCAACCCUGUCAUGGAGCUAAAAGUGUGCGGCCAGCCCCACCAGCCCCACCAGGGUGACCACCAGGGGGACCACCACGGGGACCACCAGGGGGGCCACCAGGGAGGCCACGGGGGGGGUCACCAGGGGCACCAGACAGCCCUGGGCAUGGCACACCCCGGGGCAGUCAAUGGACACCUGAGUGACGCCACACACAAGAAUGACUCCGUGUACGAUUUUGACCCCGAGGCGGAGGAGGAGCUGGGGCGCGGCCUGGGGGACUCCUGCGACGCGUCCCCUGAGAAGGGCAGCGCCCCCAGCGAGACCUCUGAAAGCACGGUGAAGAACGAACCAGAGCUGGAGGGCCUGGAGGACUCGGAGAUGGCAGACGAGGAGGAGUCCGUGGGGGAGAGUUACGAGGGCAGCGAGUACCCGGGGGAACCUGACCCGGGGGUGCCUGUGACCUUUGAGUGUGUGCCGCGGAGGGGACGGGGGCGACCCAGGGGCAGCAAGAACCGUGUGGAUGGGCGUGGGAGAGGUAGGGGUUACAAUGGCAGGCUGACAGAUGACCGGUCUGGUUCCUCCUAUGACCUGAGAAACAUCCCUGACCCCUUCAACAACCAGCGCAGAGGUCGCCCGAGGUCAAGGUUCAUUGUGGACCUGGGGGAGCAGAACCAUGAAGUAUGGACCAAGUCAAAGGAGGAAUUAAACAUUUCUGAUGCUGAAUUGACCACUCUUCUCCUCAGCUUGCUGGAAUCUCGACGGGACUGCGGCAGCUCGGCAGACACUGACACAAUGCUGGGUCUCAUAUCUGCGGAAUACAGCAAGUGGAAAGACAAAUUUACGUCCCAGGUGUCCAUGCUAAGCCACUACGCCUCCAUCCACAACACUAACUGCUGCACAUGUCUCGGGAUCAAGAAAAAGAAGUACAUCCCAGCUGGCACAGGCAAAAGAGGGAGGCCCCGGAAGUACCCCCCACCUGUUGGAUACGGGCCAGGAAUGCAGCGUCCAGAAACCAUUGACGAGGACGGAAAUAUCUUCGAACCGCAAAUAAUUUUAAAGGACAACAUGGUGAAGAACGAACCCAGUGGUGCUGAGGCGGGGAAGGCCAUGCCGAACGGGGAGGCCGGAGAACCCCCCCUCCCCGGCAUGGGCCCCCCGAACACCUCCGGGGCAGGGGGGAUGGGCCUCCUGCCCCGCCCGAUCUUGACGAAAGAGGAACUGGAGAAACGCAAGGAGUACUACAACAACCACAAGAACAAGAUCAAGUACGUGUGUCACUACUGCCAGGUGCAUUUCUAUCACAAACCCAACUUCGACUUCCACAUCGCCAAGCUGGAAGAAAACGGGAAAUGUAAGAUUUUCGAGAAAGUGAACAACCUGUACCUGUGCGAGGCUUGUGGCGAGGGCUUCUCGUGGCGGGAGAAGCUGGAGAAACACCUGCGACUGGCGGAGCAGCACGGGACGCACAACCAGAAGGAGCUGCUCAUGUUUGGCGACUUCCAGUGUAACAUGUGCGGGAAGACCUUCAACAAGCGCACCACCUACCUGCAGCACAUCAAGUGGCACGAGGACCGCGAGGACAUCCCCUGCGUCAUCUGCGGCACCAUGUUCAAGCAGACCGACCUGCGGCACCACCUCAUGGAAGUCCACAGCAACGACAGCCUGCCCUGCUCCUACUGCGGCAAGCUCUUCACCGGCCGCAAGUACCUGGAGAAACACGAGCUGGUGCACCAAGGAGGCAACUUCCCGUGCCCCGAGUGUGGUAAGACCUUCAGCCAGAAGAGCAACAUGCAGCAGCACCUCAAGACACACGCCCUGGACCGCGACCACGCCUGCGACCACUGCGGCCAGACCUUCAGCCAGCGCGCCGGCCUCUGCCACCACCUGAAGAAGCACUUUGGUCCGGCUGAGUUUACCGAGGAGUGCGAGGUUUGUGGUCAGUUCUUCUCUAACGAGUAUAACCUGAAGGUGCACAAGCGAAAGGUGCACAACAUGGCUGUGGACGGCCUACCUGAAGACCCUCCAGAGUACCUGGCCUCCCCGUUGCCCCAGCACCUCCCCUCGGCCGACGACCUGCGUGAGAAGGCCUUCGGGGCUGCCAACUCGGCCGUCAAGAACAUGUUGGGCAUGUCGCUUGGCUCGUCAGUCGGCCUGGGGCUCACCAUGAAGCAGGAGGGGGUGGGGAGGGGCUGGAGGAGGCAGGAGGGGCACAGCUGCAUGAGGGAGGCUGCGGGGCACAUGGGGGAGAUGAGACAAGAGGAGGAACACCUGCGACUCGCCCCGCACCACAUGGGGGUGGCGGAGGAGGCCCUGCACAUGCCGCAGGACCUCACGCGCAUGACGGCCUCCCACCACAUGAGCGACGAGUCCGGCAGGAUAUCCGCGGCGCCACAGUCCCCGCUGCUGCAGGCUCACAUGGCCAGCGGCAACGGAAACGGCGACAUGAGGACCCCGGCCACGGACAGCCCCGGGCGGAUCAGCGACACGCCCCACAUGUCGGAUAACUUGGGGCGGAUGGCGGCGGAGAACUUCGGGCGGAUGACUGGGACGCCGGGCGGGUACCUGGCGGAGCACUUGAGGCGGAUGGCGGAGAACCAGAGCCGGAUGUCGGACACGAUGGCUCACUACGACGAGCGCGACAACUACUCACGGCUCGGUGACAACCUGCGGUCCAUGAGCCGGGGCAGCGCCGGGGACCCCAUGGGGCGGCUCGGGGACAACCUGGGGCGCAUGACAGACAACCUCAGCCACAUGGGGGUCAUCCGGCCCACCCAGACCCCCUCCAGCACCCCGCAGUGGCCGCCACACAUGCAGAACCACGCAGCCCUGGACGGCAUGAACCAGUCGGCCCAGGCCAGUCAGCACACACUGUACCCCUUACCGUUCUGGCCCUACGACCCUUCCCUGAGGCAGUACCACCACUGAGCCCCCCCCACGCCCCCCCAACAUCCCCCCUGCACCUCCCCGCACCCCGUCCUCCCCCCCGUUCAUGUACAAGGCCCAGAUAUUUUUGCCAUAUAUCCGAUGCAAGUAAAUUUUUCGGCCACCUCCUUGGCGGCACGAAAUGUUUCCCUUGGUUUCCGGGAGAGAGAGUGAGCGAGUGAGCGAGCGAUUGAGCGAACGUGUCUGCUUGCUUGUCUGGUCCUCCUCCUCCUCCUCUUCCUCCUCCUCCUCCUCCUCCUCCUCCUCCUCCUCCUGCUGUUCCUCCUCCUUUUUGGAUAGGAUGGGCUGGUAAUAAGAUGGUUCCUAAUUAUUAGGCUAAAGUUAAUGAUGUUUGCUCUAGUACAACGGUGAUCCCUUGACCCUUGACCCUUGACCCUCAUCCUGCGCACCUUGCUUAUCUCUCUCUCUCUCUCUCUCUCUCUCUCUCUCUCUCUCUCUCUCUCUCUCUCUCUCUCUCUCUCUCUCUCUCUCUCUCUCUCUCUCUCUCUCUCUCUCUCUCUCUCUCUCUCUCUCUCUCUCUCUCUCUCUCUCUCUCUCUCUCUCUCUCUGUUUGCUUAGUAGGUUUAGGAUAGUAAUUG